GGAGGCGGCGGCGGCUACAGAGGAGGCAGUGCUGGGUGCCUCAACAGAGCUCACAGGAGCCACCAUCAUGGUGAAGAGGAAAAGCUCCGAGGGCCAGGAGCAGGACAGCGGCCGAGGCAUCCCCCUCCCCAUCCAGACCUUUCUAUGGAGGCAAACCAGUGCCUUUUUGAGGCCCAAACUGGGAAAGCAAUAUGAAGCCUCCUGUGUGUCCUUUGAACGAGUUCUGGUCGAAAACAAGCUCCAUGGCCUCUCUCCAGCCCUUUCUGAAGCCAUCCAGAGUAUUUCCCGAUGGGAGUUGGUCCAGGCUGCAUUGCCUCAUGUUCUGCACUGCACUGCAACAUUGCUUUCCAACAGGAAUAAACUGGGUCAUCAGGAUAAACUAGGUGUUGCAGAAACCAAGCUCCUUCACACCCUGCACUGGAUGCUGCUUGAGGCCCCCCAGGAUUGCAACAGUGAUCGAUUUGGGGGAGGUGACAGAGGCUCCAGCUGGGGUGGUGGCAGCAGUGCCUUCAUCCAUCAAGUUGAAAACCAGGGAUCACCAGUGCACCCUCGGCGAAGCAGCUCCCAUGAAGAAGAAGAGAAUAGUCGUAGGAAAUUCUUCCAGAACUCCAUGGCCACAGUAGAACUCUUUGUGUUCCUGUUUGCUCCUCUGGUUCACCGGAUCAAGGAAUCUGACCUGACUUUCCGAUUGGCCAGUGGUCUUGUUAUUUGGCAGCCAAUGUGGGAGCACAGACAGCCUGAGGUCUCUGCCUUUACAGCUCUGGUGAAACCUAUCCGGAACAUCAUCACAGCCAAGAGAAGUUCUCCAAUCAACAAUCAGAGUCAGCCCUGUGAGUCACCAAAUCAGGGCACAGGACACUCAGAGGGUCUGCAGGUAGUGGGUGAAUCAUUCCAGCCAGAUUCCAUUUUGCCCAGGGCCACCAUUUCUGGCUGCCAUCGGGGAAAUUCCUUUGAUGGAAGUGUAUCCUCACAAGCAUCCCUAGACAGAGGCCCUGCACAUUCAAGAGCUUCUCUGGUGAUACCUCCUUGCCAAAGGUCCCGUUAUGCCACCUACUUUGAUGUCGCGGUGCUGCGCUGCCUGCUUCAGCCCCAUUGGUCAGAGGAAGGCACUCAGUGGUCCCUGAUGUAUUAUCUGCAGAGAUUAAGGCACAUGUUAGAAGAGAAGCCAGAAAAGUCUCCAGAGCCAGAGAUUCUGCACCUACCCAGACCCCGCAGCAGCUCUAUGGUGGCAGCAACUCCUUCACUAGUGAACACUCAUAAGACCCAGGAUCUCACCAUGAAAUGUAAUGAGGAGGAAAAAUCUCUGAGUGCAGAAGCCUUUUCCAAGAUGUCCUUGACCAACUUACGCAGACCUGCAGUUCCAGACCUCUCUUCAGACUUGGGCAUGAACAUUUUUAAGAAGUUUAAAACUCGCAAGGAAGAUCGAGAACGAGAACGCAAAGGUUCUAUCCCAUUUCACCACACAGGCAAGAGAAGACAGCGUCGAAUGGGGGUGCCUUUCCUGCUCCAUGAAGAUCACCUGGAUGUGUCCCCCACACGCAGCACCUUCUCAUUUGGGAGCUUCUCUGGGCUUGGAGAAGACAGACGUGGCAUUGAGAAAGGAGGCUGGCAAACUACCAUAUUAGGCAAGUUCACCAGACGGGGAAGUUCUGAUGCAGCCACUGAAAUGGAGAGUCUGAGUGCCAGGCACUCCCACUCUCAUCACACUCUGGUCAGUGACUUACCAGAUCGCUCAAACAGUCAUGGAGAAAAUACCGUCAAAGAAGUACGAUCACAGAUCUCCACCAUCACAGUGGCAACCUUCAACACGACCCUGGCGUCAUUCAACGUGGGCUAUGCAGACUUUUUCAGUGAGCACAUGAGGAAGUUAUGCAACCAGGUGCCUAUCCCAGAGAUGCCCCAUGAACCUCUGGCAUGUGCCAAUCUGCCCCGAAGCCUAACUGACUCCUGCAUCAACUACAGCUAUUUAGAGGAUACUGAACAUAUUGACGGGACCAACAAUUUUGUCCACAAGAAUGGCAUGCUGGAUCUUUCGGUGAUUCUGAAGGCUGUUUAUCUUGUCCUAAACCAUGACAUCAGCUCUCGCAUCUGUGAUGUGGCACUGAACAUUGUUGAGUGCUUGCUUCAGCUUGGGGUGGUCCCAUGUGUAGAAAAGAACAGAAAGAAAAGUGAAAACAAGGAAAAUGAAACUUCAGAAAAGAGGCCAAGUGAAGGAACCUUUCAGCUCAAAGGACCUUCUGGAAGCACAACCUGUGGAUUUGGGGGUCCCUUGGUUAGUGGAACUGGAGAUGGAGGUGGAGAAGAAGGUGGAGGUGGUGAUGGAGGAGUUGCUGGAGGUGAUGGAGGAGGAGGAGGAGGAAGCGGAGGUGGAGGAGGAGGAGGAGGAGGAGGAGGUGGUGGUGGUGGAGGAGGUGGAGGUGGCCCUUACGAAAAAAAUGAUAAGAACCAAGAGAAGGAUGAAAGCACACCUGUAAGCACCCAUAGGCUUGCUCUAACCAUGCUCAUCAAAAUUGUAAAAUCUUUGGGUUGUGCCUAUGGCUGUGGAGAAGGACACCGAGGGCUCUCUGGCGAUCGUCUGAGACACCAGGUAUUCCGAGAGAAUGCCCAGAACUGCCUCACUAAGCUUUACAAGCUAGAUAAAAUGCAGUUUCGUCAAACUAUGAGGGACUAUGUGAACAAGGAUUCCCUCAAUAACGUAGUGGAUUUCUUGCAUGCUUUGCUAGGAUUCUGUAUGGAACCAGUCACUGACAAUAAGGCUGGGUUUGGGAACAACUUCACCACAGUGGACAACAAAUCCACAGCCCAGAAUGUGGAAGGCAUUAUUGUCAGUGCUAUGUUUAAAUCCCUCAUCACCCGCUGUGCGUCUACUACGCAUGAACUACACAGCCCUGAAAACCUGGGGCUCUAUUGUGACAUCCGGCAGCUGGUUCAAUUCAUCAAAGAAGCUCAUGGAAAUGUUUUCAGGAGGGUUGCCCUGAGUGCCUUGCUAGACAGUGCAGAAAAGCUAGCCCCAGGAAAAAGAUCAGAGGAGGCAGAGCAGGACUCAAAACCCUCAGGGAGCAAAAGAUCAGAGGCUGGACUUGACAAAGGCCAGGUAUCAUCAGCACCUGAUGAAUGUCGCAGCUACAUGUCUGGCCGUCCCUUGCAAACUCCAGAGCAUGAUGAACAGAUGCAAGGGGCAAACCUGGGACGCAAAGAUUUCUGGCGCAAGAUGUUCAAAUCUCAGAGUGCAGCAAGUGACACCAGCAGCCAGUCGGAGCAGGACACAUCAGAAUGUACCACUGCUCACUCGGGGACAACCACUGAUAGGCGGUCACGUUCACGGUCCCGGCGGAUUUCACUCCGAAAGAAACUAAAACUCCCCAUAGGAAACUGGCUAAAGAGAUCAUCUCUCUCGGGCCUAGCGGAUGGUGUGGAAGAUCUUUUGGACAUUAGCUCAGUAGACCGUCUCUCUUUCAUCAGGCAAAGCUCGAAGGUUAAGUUCACCAGUGCUGUGAAGCUAUCUGAAGGAGGACCAGGAAGUGGGAUGGAGAAUGGAAGAGAUGAUGAAGAAAAUUUCUUCAAACGACUUGGUUGCCACAGUUUUGAUGACCAUCUGACCUCCAACCAGGAGGGGACGAAAUAUAAGAAUGUAGUAAAUCUGGGAGCAAUUAGGCAAGGCAUGAAGAGAUUUCAGUUUCUGUUAAACUGCUGUGAACCAGGUACUAUACCUGAUGCCUCCAUCCUGGCAGCUGCCCUAGAUCUGGAAGCUCCAGUGGUGGCCAGGGCAGCGCUGUUCCUGGAGUGUGCUCGCUUUGUUCACCGGUGCAACCGUGGCAACUGGCCCGAGUGGAUGAAAGGACACCAUGUCAACAUCACAAAGAAAGGCCUUUCCCGAGGCCGAUCACCAAUCGUGGGUAACAAGAGAAAUCAAAAGUUACAGUGGAAUGCAGCCAAGCUCUUCUACCAAUGGGGAGAUGCAAUUGGAAUCCGACUGAAUGAACUGUGCCAUGGAGAAAGCGAGAGCCCAGCUAAUCUGUUGGGUCUCAUUUAUGACGAGGAGACCAAGAGGAAGCUGAGGAAAGAGGAUGAGGAGGAAGACUUUUUAGAUGACAGCACUGUGAACCCCACCAAAUGUGGCUGCCCCUUUGCCCUCAAGAUGGCAGCCUGCCAACUUCUACUAGAGAUCACUACCUUCUUAAGGGAGACCUUUUCCUGCUUGCCUCGCCCACGUACUGAACCUCUGGUGGACCUUGAGAGCUGCCGACUUCGGCUAGAUCCUGAGUUAGACCGGCACAGGUAUGAGAGGAAGAUCAGCUUUGCUGGAAUCCUGGACGACAACGAAGACCUAAAAGACUCCCUCCACAGCAGCAGUCACACCCUCAAGUCUGACACAGGUGUUGAGGAGAAGAAAGUUCCCAGCAGGAAGAUAAGGAUAGGAGGCUCCCGCCUGCUCCAGAUUAAAGGAACCCGCAGUUUCCGGGUGAAGAAGGGGGGUUCCUUAUCCAGUAUUCGCCGGGCCGGCAGCUUAAAGAGUACCAAGCUAUCACGGCAGGACUCAGAGUCUGAGAAUGAGGAGCUGCAGCUGUCCCAGAGCAGGGACACUGUCACUGAUAUAGAAGGGAGCCCCUGGAGUGCAAGUGAGCCAAGCAUUGAGCCUGAGGGUCUGAGCAACGCUGGCACUGAAGAAAACUACCAUAGGAACAUGUCAUGGCUUCAUGUCAUGAUCUUAUUGUGCAAUCAGCAAAGUUUCAUCUGCACACACAUUGACUAUUGCCACCCUCACUGCUACCUUCACCACAGUCGUUCCUGUGCUCGCCUGGUGCGGGCCAUAAAAUUGCUCUAUGGGGACACUGUAGAUUCCCUUCGGGAAGACAACGCGGUUCAUAAUGUGGCCUUUCGGGGCAAGAAGCAAAAAGAGUGCUCAGAUAAGUCAUGCUUGAGGACACCCUCUCUCAAGAAGAGAGUUACAGAAACUAACCUAGAAGGCAAAAAGGACUCUGGGAUGUUAAAAUACAUCAGGCAUCAGGUAAUGAGCCUGUCCCCAGCUCCCUUGUCUCUGCUAAUCAAGGCAGCACCAAUUCUGACAGAAGAGAUGUAUGGAGACAUACAGCCUGCAGCCUGGGAGCUACUGCUCAGUAUGGAUGAGCACAUGGCUGGAGCUGCAGCUGCCAUGUUCCUGCUAUGUGCAGUAAAAGUCCCAGAGGCUGUGUCUGACAUGCUGAUGUCAGAAUUCCAUCACCCAGAGACUGUGCAACGGCUCAAUGCUAUCCUCAAGUUCCAUACACUCUGGAGAUUCCGCUACCAGGUGUGGCCUCGAAUGGAGGAAGGAGCUCAGCAGAUUUUCAAGAUUCCUCCUCCUAGUAUAAAUUUCACCCUGCCCUCGCCAGUACUGGGAAUGCCUUCAGUCCCCAUGUUUGAUCCCCCAUGGGUACCACAAUGCAGUGGGAGUGUACAAGACCCAAUUAAUGAAGAUCAGUCGAAAUCUUUUUCUGCCCGAGCUGUGUCACGGUCCCAUCAGAGAGCAGAGCACAUUCUCAAGAACUUACAACAAGAGGAAGAGAAGAAGCGACUUGGUCGAGAAGCCAGCCUCAUUACUGCCAUUCCCAUCACCCAAGAGGCUUGCUAUGAGCCUACCUGCACCCCCAACUCAGAGCAGGAAGAAGAAGAAGAAGUCACUAAUCUGGCAUCCCGACGUCUUUCUGUCAGUCCAUCCUGCACAUCAAGUACUUCUCAUAGGAAUUAUUCCUUUCGCCGUGGCUCUGUUUGGUCAGUGCGUUCAGCUGUCAGUGCAGAAGAUGAAGAGCACACUACAGAGCACACGCCUAACCACCACGUGCCACAGCCCCCUCAGGCGGUAUUCCCAGCAUGCAUCUGUGCUGCAGUGCUACCCAUUGUUCACUUGAUGGAAGAUGGAGAGGUUCGGGAAGAUGGUGUAGCAGUGAGUGCUGUAGCCCAGCAGGUCCUGUGGAACUGUCUAAUUGAAGAUCCUUCAACAGUCCUUCGACAUUUCUUAGAAAAACUCACCAUAAGCAAUAGACAGGAUGAGUUAAUGUAUAUGUUGAGAAAACUUCUCCUGAAUAUUGGAGACUUUCCGGCUCAAACAUCACAUAUCCUAUUUAACUACUUGGUAGGAUUGAUCAUGUAUUUUGUGCGCACACCCUGUGAAUGGGGAAUGGAUGCCAUUUCAGCCACUCUGACUUUCCUUUGGGAGGUGGUGGGAUAUGUGGAAGGUCUGUUCUUCAAAGACCUCAAACAGACAAUGAAGAAGGAGCAAUGUGAAGUAAAGCUGCUGGUCACAGCCUCCAUGCCAGGUACCAAGACUUUGGUUGUACAUGGGCAGAACGAGUGCGAUAUCCCAACCCAGUUACCUGUACAUGAAGAUACGCAAUUUGAAGCUCUUUUGAAGGAGUGUCUAGAGUUUUUUAACAUACCAGAAACCCAAUCAACACAUUACUUUCUCAUGGAUAAACGAUGGAACCUUAUCCACUAUAACAAGACCUAUGUGCGUGACAUUUAUCCUUUCCGGAGGUCUGUAUCGCCUCAGCUGAACCUUGUACAUAUGCAUCCGGAAAAAGGCCAAGAACUCAUUCAAAAACAGGUAUUUACCCGGAAGCUUGAGGAAGUAGGACGGGUCCUGUUUCUCAUAUCCCUCACCCAGAAAAUCCCCAUUGCCCACAAGCAAUCCCAUGUUUCAAUGCUCCAGGAGGAUCUUCUUCGCCUUCCUUCCUUUCCUCGAAGUGCUAUCGAUGCUGAGUUCUCACUCUUCAGUGAUCCUCAAGCUGGGAAGGAGCUAUUUGGUCUGGAUACGCUUCAAAAGAGUCUAUGGAUUAAGCUUCUGGAGGAGAUGUUCUUGGGGAUGCCCAGUGAAUUUCCCUGGGGAGAUGAAAUCAUGCUUUUUCUCAAUGUGUUCAAUGGAGCCCUGAUCUUACAUCCAGAAGACAGUGCCUUGCUCCGGCAAUAUGCGGCCACUGUCAUCAACACAGCAGUGCACUUCAACCAUCUUUUCUCUCUCAGUGGAUACCAAUGGAUUCUCCCUACUAUGCUACAGGUGUAUGCUGAUUAUGAAAGCAACCCACAGCUGCGUCAAGCCAUUGAAUUUGCCUGUCAUCAAUUCUACAUUCUUCAUCGAAAGCCAUUCGUGCUACAAUUGUUUGCUAGUGUGGCACCUCUCUUAGAAUUUCCUGAUGCUGCCAAUAACGGGCCUAGUAAAGGUGUGUCAGCACAAUGCCUGUUUGACUUGCUGCAGUCUCUGGAGGGAGAAACCACUGAUAUAUUGGACAUCUUGGAACUGGUAAAAGCAGAAAAGCCUCUGAAAUCUUUAGAUUUUUGCUAUGGGAAUGAGGAUCUGACUUUCUCUAUUAGUGAAGCCAUCAAGCUCUGUGUCACUGUGGUGGCUUAUGCUCCAGAAUCAUUCCGAAGCCUUCAGAUGCUGAUGGUCUUAGAAGCCUUAGUACCAUGUUAUCUACAAAAGUUAAAAAGGCAGACGUCCCAAGUGGAAACAGUGCCUGCUGCCCGAGAGGAGAUUGCAGCCACAGCUGCUCUGGCUACAUCCCUGCAGGCCCUCUUAUACAGUGUGGAAGUUCUCACCAGGCCUAUGACCGCCCCUCAGAUGAGCAGGUGUGAUCAAGGCCAUAAAGGGACCACUACUGCUAACCACACUAUGUCAUCUGGAGUGAAUACAAGGUACCAGGAGCAAGGAGCAAAGCUACAUUUUAUCAGGGAAAACCUACACUUGUUGGAGGAAGGGCAGGGUCUUCCCCGAGAGGAACUGGACGAACGAAUUGCUAGAGAGGAGUUCCGGAGACCCAGAGAAUCCCUGCUAAAUAUUUGCACCGAGUUCUAUAAACACUGUGGACCAAGACUAAAGAUCUUACAGAACCUGGCAGGAGAACCUCGGGUCACUGCCUUGGAGCUGCUAGAUGUUAAAUCUCAUAUGAGGUUGGCGGAAAUUGCACAUUCCCUUCUGAAGCUGGCACCUUAUGACACCCAAACAAUGGAAAGCCGUGGGCUCCGACGAUAUAUCAUGGAGAUGCUACCGAUCACUGAUUGGACUGCUGAAGCAGUGAGACCUGCUCUUAUCCUCAUCUUAAAGAGAUUGGAUCGUAUGUUUAAUAAAAUUCACAAGAUGCCUACCCUGAGGCGACAGGUUGAGUGGGAGCCUGCCAGCAAUUUGAUUGAAGGGGUUUGUUUGACACUUCAGAGGCAGCCUAUCAUAUCCUUCCUGCCUCACCUUAGGUCACUGAUCAAUGUCUGUGUCAAUCUGGUGAUGGGAGUAGUAGGACCUUCCAGUGUUGCUGAUGGAUUACCCCUUCUUCAUCUCAGCCCUUAUCUCUCACCACCUCUGCCCUUCAGCACAGCUGUUGUCCGGCUUGUAGCAUUGCAGAUACAGGCUUUAAAAGAAGAUUUCCCCCUAAGCCAUGUGAUCUCCCCAUUCACCAAUCAGGAAAGAAGGGAAGGGAUGCUUUUAAAUCUACUCAUCCCAUUUGUGCUCACAGUAGGAUCUGGAAGCAAAGAUAGCCCAUGGUUGGAGCAGCCUGAGGUCCUUCUGCUGCUCCAGACGGUUAUUAAUAUCCUCCUACCUCCUCGAAUUAUUAGUACAUCUCGCAGCAAGAACUUUAUGCUGGAGAGUUCCCCAGCCCACUGCUCCACCCCUGGAGAUGCUGGGAAGGAUUUGCGCAGGGAAGGUCUGGCUGAGUCCACCAGCCAGGCUGCAUAUUUAGCUCUGAAGGUGAUUCUUGUUUGCUUUGAGAGGCAGCUUGGCAGUCAGUGGUAUUGGCUGAGUCUACAAGUCAAAGAGAUGGCAUUAAGAAAGGUGGGAGGGCUGGCCCUGUGGGACUUCCUCGACUUCAUCGUUCGAACUCGGAUUCCCAUCUUUGUUCUCCUAAGGCCCUUUAUUCAGUGUAAGCUUUUAGCUCAACCUGCCGAGAACCAUGAGGAGCUAUCUGCCAGACAACACAUUGCUGACCAGCUGGAGAGACGCUUCAUUCCUCGGCCCCUGUGCAAGAGCUCUCUCAUUACUGAAUUCAACAGUGAACUUAAGAUUCUAAAAGAGGCUGUACACAGUGGGUCAGCCUACCAGGGGAAGACGUCCAUUAGCACAGUGGGUACCUCUACCUCUGCUUACCGCUUGAGCCUGGCCACUAUGUCCCGCUCCAACACCGGCACUGGCACUGUUUGGGAGCAGGACAGCGAGCCUUCCCAGCAGGCUUCCCAGGACACCCUGAGUCGGACUGAUGAGGAGGAUGAAGAAAAUGACUCGGUGAGCAUGCCCAGUGUGGUAAGUGAACAAGAAGCUUACCUCAUGAGUGCCAUUGGAAGGCGACGAUUCUCAAGUCAUGUCUCCAGCAUGUCUGCACCUCAGGCUGAAGUGGGCAUGUUGCCCAGUCAGAGUGAACCUAAUGUCCUCGAUGACUCCCAGUGCCUGGCCGCUGAGGGCAGCCUCUCUAGGGUGGCAAGUAUACAGAGUGAGCCUGGCCAACAGAAUCUCCUUAUUCAGCAACCACUGGGAAGGAAGAGAGGCCUGAGGCAGCUAAGACGACCUCUUCUGUCUCGUCAAAAGACUCAGACUGAACCUCGAAACCGUCAUGGAGCUCGGCUUUCAACUACUCGCCGAAGCAUACAACCUAAAACAAAGCCCACAGAUCAGAAACGAUCAGUGACCUUCACAGAAACUCAGCCUGAGACAGCACCUUCCCCAGCAGACACCCUUCCUGCUACCACUCAGCAACAGUGUUGCAGCAAGAGCAGUCCUGGUCAAUCUGGUAAACCAGAAGUAGUGGAGAAACCAGUCCUCACAUCUUCCCCUGCCAUCAUAGUUGCUGAUCUCCACGGCCAGAGUCCCUGCCAGAGUAAGGCUCACUCAACUGAAGAGAAAGAAAAGGAAAAGGAAGAUGAUGCUGAAGCAGCGCAAGGAGCUACAGCACACAGCCCCUCAUCUACCCAGCUUUCAGACACUGAAGACUUUGCAGGUCUUGAGACCACAAGCUUGCUACAGCCUGAUGACACUAUUCUUCAUAUCAGUGAGGAAAAUGGAAUGGAGAAUCCUCUAUUAACAAGCCAGUUCAGUUUUACUCAUAUUGAACUGGGGGAGACAGAUAUUGACCUAGAUGAGUCUCAUGUUUAAUUUUAUACUUAGUAGGGGUUGAGGGUCUAGAAGGAGAAUGAAUCACCUUGCUGAAGCACUUAAAUUUUCUCUAGCUAAGACUGUGGUGGCAAAUUGUCAUUAGCCAAUUAAAAAACACCUUAUAUCCAUAGAAGGCACAAAUCUAAGUAGAUUGCUGCCAAUUAGCAGAAUAUUUUUUAAAAAAACAUAAAAUUGAUGAUUACACUCAUUAGAUUUUGUAAAGACCACAAAUGCCAGAGAAGAAUGGGAAAAUGAGCCAUUUCAAUGGGGAUUAUUCAUGAUCUGUUACAAAUGUACUGUAAACAUCAGCUUAUCUAAGGAGAUGAACAAAUUUAUUAAUACAUUAUAAAAAGAAACCAACCCUUUGAUUUUUGGUCACAUUAACAUCUCACCUGAAUUUUUAUUUUUAUAGUUUCAGAAUAAAUAUAUGACUCAUCAAUUAGUGCAAAUUAUAUUUAAAAUGAAAUAAAAUACUAGUAUCAUAAAAGCAAAUAGAGAAAAACAAGUCCACUGCUGAUUUUUCCUAGUCAAAAGUAAUGUCAUUGAGGAAAAAGGCAAUUUUUUUAGAGCUUUCAAAAUCUUUGCUUUGGGCUAUUCCUUUUAUUCCACUUUUUAAAUCAAAAUGCUAAUGUUAUCAGAGCCUUCCAUCCAUUUCAAAAUAUAACUAAUUGGUUAUACAGUAUUACCAGUAUGGAGAGGUACAAUUCUUUACAAAGUUGUUCAAAAAGGCAAAGAUUAUAAUGAUUUGAAACCCAAAUGUAGGGAUGAGAUUGCUUAUUAUAGCAAUUAUUAUAUCAGUGCAUGGCAAUGGAGGCAACUAGAAAUAUGUGUACUCAAGUGUAGUAUCUGUUGCCUAUCCUCAAGGACCUACUCUCCUAUAGCUACUGUACUGAGAUUAUUAGAACCAGCUUAAUGGCCAUUCCUUUGUGAUAAUAGUGCUCCCAAGUGUGCCCUAAGGCACAUAUAUUCAUGAUACAAGAUGCAUCCAGAUAAAUAAGGAAAUUUCUCCAUCUAUUAGGCUCACUCAUAAGUUGUUCUUGUUCUUAUCAGCCCUAUUUGUAUGGCCUUCACAUGGAUCUUUAGUGUUGAAAGAAAUAUGAAAGAAAGGGAUUAUGACAAUCAGAUCCCUAGCAAGUCAAUCUCACUAUAAGAUCAUAGGAUUAUGAAUUUCACAAUUCAAAACUGAAUUUAACUGUGUACAUUAGAAAAUGACAUGUCUAUAAGGCAAAUCACAAGCUCAUGCUUCUGUGAUUCUUUGAUUUAUCAUAGCUAAAUUAAUAUGGUAUAAAAAUGCAAACUCUAAUCCUGGAGUUGAAGUUAAACAUAGACCUUAAUUAUACUACAAUGAGUUUUAAAUUAUUCUGUAUGUCUAUACUUUAUCUAUAUUGAUCAUAAACUAUACCUGCACAUACAAAGGAGGCCUAUCAAACCUAAAUCUAAUAUAGAAAAGGUAUUCUUCUAUUUUAUGUACUUAUUGAAUUAGACCUAAAUUAUAUUUUGAAUGGUAUAAAAAUAUAAUUGGAAGUCAUUCAUAGCCUUGUCCAAAAAUGCAGUGCAACAAAUAGGUAUUUAUCACUAAUAAUGAUAAGAGACAAAUACCCACCUAAACUUAGAUUAAGUAGAAUUUCAAAAACUAGAGAGGCCAAAUGUACUCUUGUUCAUUUUACAAUAUUUUGAUAUAGCUUGCACUUACUGCCAACUAACCCUCAAAUGCAGUUACAUAUCUAUCAUAAUGAUUUUUGAAUCUCUCUAAGUAAGAUAGUAUAUUUCUGCUAUUUAGAAAAUAUGUUGCUGCUCAAUUAGUGUUAGGGGCCUUAUGUCUAUGUAAUUUCCAAGUGUCUGCGUUGUGUGAAGGUCUUAAUUUAUGUGCAUGUUCCAGUCCAGUUUAUUGAUUCAGAUUAGACAUAAUCAAACAUAAUUGUACAAGACAGCAAAAAAAAAGGGGGGAGUAGGGUAGAGGUGGGAUAUUAAAGAAUGAUGUUACUUUUGAAAGGUGUCUUUAAGUAGUUUCAGAUAGUCAUCAAGGCACAGAGCUAUUUUUAAAGGUGACCUCAUGCCUGUCUACUUAUUAUCCCAUCCCUCCUCUAUUCUACUGUUGAAGUCUUUUAGAAGCGUCUUCAGUGUUUUAAGUAUCAGUUUAUUAGGUAAAAAUUUAUAGCCCCUAUUCUGAGAAAUAUGGCCUUAUUUAGAGGGAGUGUUGUCCUACUGGGACUACAUCUCUGCUGCUGUCUGUGUCCGUGUUUGUUUUUUUUUCCAGAUACCUUUAAUUAUGUUGAAUGUCUAUGUGUGUGGGUAUUUAUCUGUGUGUACAUAAGACUGUCACAGUUGUAUUUUCAGGAAUAUUAUUGUCUGGGAGUUUAAAAGUAUGGGGUGGGGGAAAAGAAAGAUGGAGAAAAUUAUAAAGAAUUUUUACCAUUUUACUGAAUGGAAGUCUAAAUGUUUAUCUUGCAAGAGUAAAUAGAAUAGCCUGUUCCUAAAUAUGGGGAUCAUUUAUUAAAACAUUCAUGUAUAUAAACAUAUAUUGAUUUAUAUUGGGGAAACAAGAGCCCACCACCUUGAAUAAAUCUUCAAAUUCAACAAAUUGCUUUUUAAAAUAACAUAAAAAUGACCAAGUUUUAACUUUUUAGAGAGCUUGAACAUAUCAAUUCCAUAAUGAUAGAUGAUGGUUCAGAUCGUUUAGAUUUAAUAUAGCCAGUUCAAAUGAUUGGGAUAGAUUAUUGAACAUUUUUUAUAAGAAUCUCCUCCUUUCAAAAUGUGAAACAUUUGUCUCUAGUGUAUCACGUACCCCAAUGGUGUCAAACUCUAAUAAAAGCAGGGGCCAUUAUACUAUAUGUAAGGACCCCAAUGGGCUUAUUAACUUAGUUUUUAAAUGUUACAUUAUCUAUGUUUUAUUGUAUUUUUAUUUAUUUUGUUAAAUAUUUCCCAAUUACAUUUUAUUACGGUUCAGGCCUUGGGAGUAUUGUGGGUCACGUGUGGCCCAUGGGCUACAUGUUUGUAACCUAUGAUGUACCUCAUAAUCUGUUGACUUGAUAUAUUAUACUCUAUUUUUAAAUGAGGGAAGCUGAGUCACAGAAAAAGUUCUAGUAAUGCAUGUAGAGUUAUGCUGAUAAUAUAUACUUUACCAAAAGUCAUCAAAAUGUAAUGGGGAAAAGAUCCUGUGGGGCAUUAGUGUCAGGCUAAACGAUGAAUCUUGGUAGAAAGAGCGAAUUUAGAGGCAGAUCCCAAUUUAAACCCUUUGGUGAAGUCAUUUUUGGGCUUCUAUUUUUUCAUUGUAAAAUGGCAAGAGGAGUGCAAGUCACAUGAUCUCUAAGGUCCCUUCCAGCUCUAAAUCCUAUGAUCCACAGUUCCCAAUUUUAAGCCUUUAGCAGUUAUUACAGCCCAAACCACAGGGCCCUUGCUUUGAAAAAGGAACUCUCCUUCUAGUCAAUAAACGGCAUUCUUCUGCUGUCCUGUCUGGCUCAUAAGGCAGCAAAAAUAAGAGCAAGGUGCUGGGAAGAAGGGUCAUAAAAGGAUAUGAUUUCAGCUUAAUGCACAGAUUAAAUGUUUAUCUCAAGUUAUCUGAGUAACAGAAACCAGAGGCCCCUGAAUCUGCUGCCUGGUUCAGUGAAUCAUACUGUAGUCAACAUGACUUAGCCUUUAUAAUUCCAUACUUAUUACGAACAAUAUUUCGGCAGUUCAUCCUCCUCGUUUGCCUCAGCUUCUAGUAUCAGCAAAAAGAUUCACAUGGUGACGUUUCAGAAAGCUUUGGUUUUUCACUCAGGGGAAUAAGAGCAAGUUGAAGGUGGAGUGUAUUGAGUAGGUUUGAGAACAAUGUAUGUGUAUUAAAGAAUAGAAAACCUGUCAAAUUACUGCACAGUUUGUCCCAGAGUAUUUUUUUAUAGUCUUUACAACAUAGGAUGAACAUUUUCCCACUAGCCAUCUCAAAGGUUUAUGUUAAAGGUAAUAACAUAAGAUUGAAAUAAUCUAUUUUCCCCAAGAUGAAUAACUGUGAAGACUGUAUAUUGAAUGACCAAAGAGCAUGGAAAUGAAGAAAUAUCAUGACAAAUACUAUAUGAAAAAAAAUUUGAAAAAUGUUUUUGAAAGGUAUUAGCAUUCAUUGUUUGAAUAUGCACAUAUAAUAAAGUAAUUAUAAAAGCACCUGAAA